UACAAUGAAUAUCAAGAGCGUUUAAUCUCACUAUACAUCGAAGAUGAACGAAUAUUGAAUAAGUUUUCACCAAAUAUUUCCAAUUCACUGUAUAACGAUGAAUACAUAAAAUCACGUGAAAGAAAACGUAAAACUGAUAGCAUUCUCGCAUCAUUAUCAUUUUCAUUGAAUAUUAUACUUUUGAUAAUAAAUGCAGCAGCAGCUUAUCUAUCUCGAUCCUUAUCAGUUCUAAGUACAUUCAUCGAUUCUGCAAUCGACUGCACAAAUGGUAUUCUGAUAUUCCUGGGCGCAUGGGCUAUCAAAAAUACCGAUCGUUUCAAUUAUCCGCGAGGUAGAGGCCGAUUAGAACACAUUAUUGUACUUAUCUGCUCAAUAAUAAUGGGUGUCGUGAAUCUUACACUGAUAAUACAAUCUAUUCAAUCAAUUCUUGAUGGGCCAAUUAAUCCUGAUAUAAAUUUGCCAACCAUAAUUAUUCUUUUCGGUGGCUGUUCAAUGAAAGGGAUUUUAAUGUUUUUUUGCUUCAAACAUGGAACAUCAGGAUCUCGAACAAUCGCUCUUGACAUGAGAAACGAUCUUCUAACGAGUGCUGUUGCGCUAGCUAGUGCGUAUGUUGGCGACAGAAUUUGGUUAUAUGCCGAUCCACUUGGUGCCAUAUCUGUCUGCACUUUUGUUGCACUCUCAUGGUUCAAUAAUGCUAUCGAUAGCAUACCGAUGAUGGUAGGUAAACGAGCACAACAAGAAAAUUUAUCGAGGAUUAUUCGAAUAUGUAUUGAACAUGAUUCGCAUAUUAAAUGCCUUGACCAUGUUAUGGUCUAUCAUACCGGUGAGCAGGCAAUCGUUGAAGUCCACAUUGUACUUGAUGAAAAUCUUCCACUAAAGACUACGCAUGAUAUUAUCGAGUGUUUGUCUAAAAAGCUUUCGCUUUUACCAUUUGUUGAACGAGCUUUUGUUCAUGGUGACUAUAAAUGUGAUGGUGACUGGGCUAUAUAA